UCUUGACCGAAGGGAGUGAGUAGGUGAUUGGCGCUGUUUUUUUUCGAUAAGUUGCGGUGGAAGUGAUAUACCGGACGGGCUGCAGGGAACACCCAGCUGCUCAUGAGACCCGAUGAUGCACGAGAAGAAUGAAGUCGUUCUUACUUACAACUACUCUCGUGCCUGCCGCUUAAGGGUGACAUCACCCUCUAUAGCGCUACGUGGCUGCCCCCGUUAAUUUCUUGUGUGCUCCUGUGUGGUUUGAUAGCUCGUGGCAAGGAGCGUUGGAGCUCAACAGGAUGCGGCUGAAGCGUAGUGCUCGAUCUCGAUGUUGAGUUACUCAAGGACGUCGCUGGGGAUGUCCUGAACGGAUGCUAGCCUUGCUAGUGACGUGCUGUAGCUGUUUGAGGUAGAAGCAACUAGCCGCUUCUCAGCUGACCAGAGAAAAAACACACAUAUUAAUCAACCUACAACUUUGUUUUGUGAAGCAUCUUCUAAUGUCGAACUACGCAGAACUACAAAAACUUCAAUUUCAACCACAACCUACUUGAAGUACUCUUUACAACAUUCAGAACUUUUACAACUAAGUACAUCAUUCAAGAAGUAGUUUUCCUCGCGGGCACCGCCACCAGAAUCAAGUAGAAGAUGAAGAUGAACCACUACUACUACGACAAGGCGUAUCACGUCGCACGUUCCAGACUGAUAGGAGACUAAGGAAAAAGGCAGCAGCACAACUACAGAAAUCCAAGUAACCGAAUAAGAAGUUUUCCGGAAAGCCUCGUCGUCCAGUGAUUGUGAUAUUGUACAACAGAACAAACGGAGGUAAAGAAAUUGUUUCGAUGAACCUCCCUCAGAAGUAGAAGAUUAAUACAUCACUUGUUCGUUGUACUACAAGCACCAGAGGAAGAUGGGAAAGUUAGCCUGCGAUCUGGUGCUGAUCGCGCUUGCGGUGUCAGUUCUCUUGGACCUGCUUGCGAUGUUUUUACCAUGGGGAGGCUGCCAGUCGGUUUCGGUAUUCGGGCUGCGCUCGGCGAAAUACUACCUGCUCCACAUAAUCGUAGAGCCUAAGGCUAGCAUCGGCGAAAAAAUGGGUAUCUUCACCUUCUAUUUUAAAUGAAGAUACGAAUCCUAAUACGUGAUCUUCGUGGAUGUUAUAGAAAUAUACUACAUCUCAUGCGCAACUACUUGGUGUAUCUAUGUAUUUGUUAUUGAUGAUGUGUGACGUUCAUGAACAAAUAGCCUCUGUUGUAUGCUGUCAGUGAGAUGAUUUGUGGACCACUCCAUCAAACAAGUGCUUUCUUAUAUUAUAAGUACCUCCACUCUCUCCAUGUUGAUGAUCAUUUUUUUCAUGAUCUGGUACAACAUUUAUUACAUCAGUCGACAUUACUUCGUUGUCCGGUAAGCGCGUUGCCUGUCCCUGGCCCACUGAGACUCCCUAUUGCUACAAAUUCUCGACGUACGACGCCUUCGUGGACGCAUCAGCUUGGCAGGCGUUCGAAGGCUUCCUUUCGAUGAAUAGUUUAAGGCGUCCCCGAAUCCAUCUCCAGAAGCAUCUCAGAGCUGUCGCGUAAGGCAAAAACAGGCUCGAGAUGUCUCCCAAGAUGGACGAUUCAGGAUGGCUCUAAAUAGUCCUACGGCAGGAGCUGGGAAUAUGAUGGCUGCUUUCUAUGGCGGAGUGAUCACCUUGCUCUUGUUGUUCGCCACAAUAGUGCUCUUAAGGGCAGGGUUUAGGUGUUUCUGCUUCCGUUUGUUAUGGCUCUCCUAAAGGAGAAGAGCAUAACAAAUGGGGGAUAGAAACACCAAUACCCUACCUCGAAUGUUCCUAGUCAUGAGUGGAUGCUACCUGUUCCAAUAUUGCUACUCUCUGCGUCCUGAGAACCGGGGCAAGCGAAAAUGGCGCAGGCUUGCUCAAAUCCUGCUUUCUCUCGCAAUCGUGCUCAACUUCGUCCUCCUCUGCGUGUGGCAGGGCGCGCUUUUGCUCAUAUCCAGGUACUCCUAUACUUAUACAUAGAUACCUAUUCAUAUUCUGUAGACAUGAAGUUUUUUCAUCUCAUCUGUGAAAUAGGUUUUUAAAGACUAUCUAAGGUUAAUAAGGUUUGUCCAUUUUGAGCGGAUACCAUAAUACCGUGCCUCUAUAGAUGUGGGUUUCGUUGUACUUCUGUUUUUACUAGAACAUACAUGUAGAUGAACAGAAAAAAGAUGGAUAAGUUUUACUUGAUGAAGCUUUAUCAUCUCGUGUCGUGUGAAUAAGAACCAAUUAGAUCUUACCUCUUGUCAGGCACAUCAAUCAAUCAAUCAAUCAAUCAAUCAAUCAAUCGUGCAAGAUGAAGCGAAGGAAACAAAGGCAAAGGAUAUAUCUUCAUCGCCCCAUAAUUCAUUUGGCAAAUAUAUAUCAGGGACGUUGGCGUACUUGCUAACCUUGCGAUGCUUCGCAGUGACGCCAUUCCCGCAGAGGGCUGGAUUCUCUCUUUGUUCAAUCUGUUGCUUCUUGUGGGCGUACUUUUUUCGUAUCGUACUUGGCGGUCACCCACUGCCGAAGCAGCGCAAGACGCAAAUAGAGCUGCGCAAAGACAGUGGAUUGGCGGAGGCCGUGGAUUGAUCAGUAGUCUCACUCUUACUAGAACAGAAAAUGAAAUUGAAUGUCAAUGUAUGUGCACCUCCUCUAUGUAGUACCUGAAUGAAAGUGACAUUUAAUUUGAUACACUAGUAUCAACUUUAGAAGAACGCGGUGUAGUAGAACUAGAACGUUAUAGGACAACUAGUAGUUUAUUAUGUAGUCUUACCUUUGUGUAGUUUGUGGUUUUUUCCCAGGGAGGUCUAGUACGUCCUCGUUCAGCGGUAUAACGACUAAGUAGUACUUGCUGCCGUGAAAACGAAGCUCCUGCUCUUUCGCAAACAAAACCAGUUUGUUAUGCAUCUCCCCAAGAACACAGGUCGUGGAAGUGUAGCAACGCGAAAACAGCUGGCUUACGAUUCGGAUAAUAACAGCAGUGACGACGAAAAGAGUUUUCUUUCAGAUACUACGCUCUCGUCUUACCGCGGCCAUGGCGGAGAUUCGGACGAGUCAGUCUCGGAACCUGAAAGUGAAGACGAUAAUCGCGGCAGGCGAAUACCUUACGCCUACAACAGCAAUGGUACAACACGCGCGACGUUGCCGACAAAUAAGGUACCACCACUUUCCCCAUAUUAGAGCUGAAAGAAUAUGACGGAUACUCAUGUUGAUGUUGGUAGCACGGAGCAGUAGUAAUGCUUAAAGAGUUAAAUGUAAGCAGAUGCGCGUUUUUUUGCGUUCAGGGGUUGCGUCAGAAGGUCUACCAAACACUGGUCUUAGUCCCAUUUUCACACACUUUUUAUGUGUAUGUAUCGCUGUGGGCGAACCCUUCUCGUCCGUAGCUCCAAAUUUAAUAUCGCACUCUCUGAAGCAGAUUCGGCCCCUGGUGCAUGGGCGGGCGACGCGCAGUAUAGGACACGAGCAUCACGAAGUAUAUCAUGUUCACGGAAACCCGCGAGCGAACGCCGCAACGUAUCACAAUUAUAGUGUACCUUACAGUGGGGUCCCGCUUGCAAACGGGUCAGCGUACGGACAUCAUCAGCCGGUCGGCUACAGUGGUCACAGAGGGAACAAUAAUUCACACCAUCAGCUGCAUGCUGCGAACUUCCAUCGAGGCAUGCGAAACACCGGUCCGAUGGGUGUGUCCUCUGACCACCAACAGCGGCCUCGAAAUUUGAUGGGGACGCGCGCACAGGCCGCGAGAGGACACGGAGGAUACCAUAAUCUUGUUCCACUACCGUGCGCGCCACCCCCAUCAAAGACCAGCCUUAACAUCGCUCGAAAGGCGGCCGCAAAAGCGGGUGACCCAGGCUCGACGAGCGGGGAGGCAGGCAACUCGGUCACAACGAUUAUGAUGUUGCGAGUGAAUUAAUAUUUAUCAAUUAUAAGUACUUACUUAUAUAGUUUCGUUUGUUUCCUAGUUAGGUGUGCUCCACCGAUAUUAUAAGUACUUACUUAUAUUAUAGUCAAAUUCUAAUAGAAGGCCUGUGAGCCUUGUGUAGGACACAGAAAGAGGGUCCGCUAUUCUCGAAACUACUCGUGGUGUCGACAGAGGGUUGACAUGCCAAUCAACAACCAAGUCUAAAUUUAACUGAAGUCAAGCACCAUCAGGAGAAUUAACUACGAACUCUGCAUGCCAUUACGACCUUUCGUCUAGUUCAAAACGUCGUUCUAAAGCUUGCGGUGAAGGCAGCUCAUCUGACUCUUCGCCCCGUGGUGGACCAGUAUCGCCGUUUCCAAGACGCUGGUCGAGGACAACUUUUUCUUCUCCAUUCUGCUCCUCCUCAUCCGAAGCCCAGCGACUCUGGCAGCAACAGCACGGAGCAGCGUAUCCACCAGGAUCGUAUUCUUAAGGGUUUCCGAAUUACAUCAUCCACUACCAUCCUUGGUCUCUAGUUUUCUAGUAGGGAAGAGGCUAAGGAUGUUCUGAGGUAUGUAAUUCUGCAACCUCUAAUAUUCUGGAGGAGGUGCACGAGCAAACAACAAGUUUCACAAUGUAUAUGCUGUUAAGGCACGUCAAAAUGGCUGCUCAACGCUUAGUGGUUCGUUCUUGCUUAUAAAUUGCAAGAGAAAGAAGUAAAUUCAUAUGUUUUACUCAUCAAUUACUUUACUAGUACUAGAGUGGGUUAUGAUGUUGCUGCUCGAGGAAAGUGAGUUUUGGUAGUGCAGCAGCGUCUUAAAUUUCUGGAUAGAAGUACGCAUUAUUUCCAUACUUUGCAUUUCUAAUGGCGCGUCGCCGUUCGACAAUGCGCAUGUCGAUAGCGGGAUCAGCGGUGCAAGUCGAGCCAGCAACAGUCACGCCGCAACGUCAGGUAGCAGUUACAAUAUCCAGAGUCCGCCCACAGGUGCCUACCACGCGAAUUUGCAGAAUAGUAACAACCUACACUUAAGGCUAGUUAAUCACUAUCGCCUGUGAACUAUGCCGAGUGGACCCUCCCUUGAUUUAAAGGUGAAACUAAGGGGAAAAAAGGUGAACUCACUCAACCAGGGAUAGUGAAAGACUACCGCUAACCGACAGUGGCGGGAAGCUCAUUGAUCCCCGCGCUUCUUACUCUGCUCAGCCCGGCGAUACUACUCGCUACGCGUCGAUAAUGAAGGUGUAA